AUUGAGCCGGAUUGGUCGGCUAGGCAUUCAAGUGCUAAUUCAUUACAAACUGGUAGGAGGCUGACUAUCCCUUUACUAGAAAGGUAAACGAACAUGGCGGCAAACGAACCGUAUUUGUUGAACGUCACCGCGGAGAGUCCUGCAAGUUCCACGAGAAAAUUCACUUCCCUUGAGGAACAAAAUACUCUUGAGCUACCACAAGCUGUGAUUAUGUGCACCGUGUUGGGUGUCGCAAGUGUUCUUGGAACUCUCGGGAACUCUUUAGUUUUAACUUCCAUUAUCAAGUUUGACCACUUGAGAGAAAUUCCAGACUUGUUUAUUUUCAGUUUGUCCUUAUCUGACUUUAUUGUUUCAACAAUCUAUCAGCCUUUGCAAGCUUACAAGGUUAUGCAUUUGGAUCAGGUGUCCGAGAUUGAAGCAUUUUCGGAGAUAACAAGUCUUCUCGGGCAUGUCUCACUGAUUGCAUCCGUUUCAAACAUGUUUGGUGUGACUGUGGAACGCUUGAUUUCCAUUCGUUUCCCUUUGAAGUAUGAUUUACUUGAGACUAAAUUACGCGCCAAAGUCAGCAUGGUCUGUAUCUGGACUUUUUCAUCAUCUUAUGGAACAGUCUGGUCACUGGACCUUGCCCCAAUACAAUACAUGGCCAUUUACUUCGUGUUGGUCCUUGUUGGAACAACAUCGAUCUACUUUUACAUAUUUCUUAUUGCCAGACGACUCGAAGGCGGAACAGUUCACAUACAAGGAGAAUCCACAAAUGCUCAAAUUCCCAACAGACGCCGAGAAAGAAAAGCUGCAAAAACCAUCGCAAUCAUUGUAGGGGUUGCUGUGUUAUGCUGGCUUCCACUUUUGAUUAUUCCAAACGUUUUCCCCAAGGAUUUAGAUAAUGCAACAGUCGUGAAGAUUGUCUAUCCUCUACGGAUUUUAUCGGUUUGUAAUUCCUCGAUCAAUCCUUACAUUUAUUGUGUAAGGAGUUCCAGGUAUUCCGUGGCCUUCAUCAAGCUGCUUGGGUUACAAAAACCUUUGAAAGGUAAAGUACAAGCAAAGCACAUCGAAGGUUUGUCCGUUUGUCGUACUCAAGGCGAUGUUCCAAAAUCAGAAAUUCAGGCCCCGCAGGAAGAUAUCAAAGAUAUCGCCUUGUAGGGAAAAAGGCAGAAAGAAAGAGAAAUUAUACGAAUGUCAAACCAUUCCGGCUUCUACCGGUCAUUCGACGGACUUUUAACAUUUCUUGGAUUACAAGAUUGAAUAUAAGUCAAAGCGGCUUAACCACACGAUUACCAAGCACAAUCAAGUCAGAAAACUAAAAAUAUCGCUGAACGUAGCGGGGUAAAGCAUACAGCCAUUUAGUGUCACGGCUUACGAAAGAGGCAAGUGGCGUCUGACAGACCUCAAGGAUGAGGCCAACAAAGCAAGCGCAGCUGGGGUGAGAAGGUCGGCAAUGAAGUCAGGGACAAGAAAUCCACCAUCUAAGCGCGCUACAGAUGAACUGUUUCACGGCUGAAUCACUCUAACAACUGCGACAGCAACAACUGGUAGAUAAAAGGAUAUCAUUGCGAGGAAAACGCACAUUAAACUAAUUAUUAUACAUUGUAGUCACCAUCUGUCUUCUCAUUGGCUAAACGCCUACAGUUAUUUCUGAGAAGCAGCGCAACCUA